GAACGCGUUUAUGUUUGACGUGAAGUCGUAUAGAGAAGAAAUAAUCUCGCAAGUCAACCAAAUUUCAACAACCAUGGCGGACGAGGAACUUCCAGCGGGUUGGGAAAAACGACUCAGUAGAUCUACUGGUCAACAUUAUUAUUUAAAUAUUUAUACUAAACAAAGUCAAUGGGAUAGACCAGACAAACCAGCAGAUCCUUCUGGUAAUGGUAAUGGGGAUGGUUCAGAGGAAGUCCAGUGUUCACAUCUUUUAGUAAAACAUUCAGGAUCUCGACGACCAUCUUCUUGGCGAGAAGAAAAUAUAACAAGGUCAAAGGAGGAAGCUUUAGAAUUAAUAAAGUCUUACAGAGAACAAAUAGCGUCUGGAAAAGCUACAUUUGCUGAACUUGCUUCGAAAUAUAGUGAUUGCAGUUCAGCUAAACGGGGAGGGGAUUUGGGACCAUUUAGUAGAGGUACUAUGCAGAAACCCUUCGAGCAAGCAGCGUUUGCUUUGAAAGUUGGAGAAUUAUCUUCUCCUGUCCAUACAGAUAGCGGUAUUCAUAUUAUCCAGCGGACUGCAUAAAGCAGCUUACUCCAGAAUACGAUGCAAUGUACUUUGCAUAAAAGUUUCAUAUUAAUUUCAUUAGUCAAAAGGUGGUUAAGCUAGAUUUUCUUAAUUUUUGUAUGAAAUCUUGCAAUAUGUUUCUCUCUGAGUAGCAGAGUUAAGUCAUUAUUAUGCAGAUAUUGACAGAAUGAUAGAUCCUUCAUUUUCCUCUUCAUUAAUUUAAUCUGAUAAAAUUGUAUAUUAAUCAGUCUUCCACUAAUUAAAUAUCUCAUUUAUAUUCUUUUCAAAACAAGUAUUUAUAUCAUGUUAUAUGAUAUAUUUAUAUUUUAUCGAUUAUAAUAAAUAAUCUUUCUAGGUAUCUUGAAAAGAUAAAAUUUCCAAGUAUC